AUGAGCAGUGAAAUAGCCAUCAGUACAAUUGAAACAGUUAAAAAGAAACUUGAAAAAUAUAAUGCUUCGAAACAAAAUGAUAAAGUUGAAGAAUAUCUUCAUAAAUUACAUAACACAUCGAUUACUCCUGAAUUACUUCGAAAAACGAAAAUAGACGCACUAGUUGGUCAACUUGCAUCGAACAAAGAGGCCAGUUAUUAUUUAACAGCUAAGAGUCUUCUUAAAAAAUGGCAAGAUAAAAAUUCAUUAUCAAAAACAACGAAUACAUCCAAAGUUAGGACAAUAACAAAUACGAAAAAAUCACUCGCUGAACAUAAACCUUCUGUUAAACGAAAAUCUAAUGAUUAUGACGUAACAUAUUCGCAUGCAUUAAGUGAAUCCCAAUCAUCUGAUGAGUUUAAACGUAGUGAUGGAGAUCAGUCAUCAUCAACAUCAUCGAUUAAAAAACGUAAAGUUCUUUCUCUGGCUGAAUAUGUUGUUAGUAAAAAACCAAUACCAUCUUCAUCAUCUACAGUUGAUUCAACUGAAGAUAAAUUAACUGAUACUCAAAUCAAAGAAAUCUAUGCUCAAUUUGAUGCUAAAUAUGAAGAAUUGGCUGCUAGUGCGCCCGACCUUGCUAAUAAUGUUAAUAAAAAAUUAAAACAAAAUGAUACAAUAAAUAACAAUCGAAAUGAUUUCAUUGCUAAUAAUCAUAAUUUAAAACAAGCAACAAUUGAGCAAGUCAAAAAACCCAAUAAUGAUAUUUGGGCAGAAGACGAUGAUGACGACGACGACGACAACGAUGAUGAUAAUGAUAAUGAUAAUGACAAUACGCAUCAUAAACAAGAGAUUACAAAACAAUCUCAAUCUAUUAAAAAUAAACAAACAAUAUACAAUAAUAAUCAUAAUAAUCAACAGUUCAAAAUACUAUCAGCAACUUCAACAAAAAAAAAAGAAAAUAAUUCAAUGGUCGCAGCGAUUACAUCAAGCAUUGCUUCUUUAGAAUAUCCACCACCACCACCAUCUAAUUUAUCAAAACCAUUACCAGUUACUACUCAAAAAAAACCUGUUCAAAGUUUCAAUUUUCUUCGUUCAAAACAAGGACGUCAAGCUAUUUAUUCUGGUGUACGUGCUUCUCGUACAAAUAUUCCAUCACUUCAAGAUCUUUGUGUUGAAACACUUAAAGAGCAUAUUGAUGACAUAUGUCAUACGCAUUUUUUUCGACUUCCUUAUGACGUAGUCAAACCAAUUAUUGAUGUAGCAACACCUGAACAACUUUAUUCUAUAAUUGAUAAUAAUCCAGACUAUGUUGAUGAUGUUGAACCAUUAUGGCAACAUUUUUGUUCAUUACAUUUCAAAGAUGCUGAACGGGAAGAAUGUGAAAGUUAUUCUGAACUUUAUUUGCGUAAAUCUAAUGAAAAAGAAGAACGAUUACAGCAAAUCACUGAACUUGCAAGAAGAAAAAAGGCAGAAACAAUUGAUACAACUCGUCAGACAAAACCACUUAAUAUACGUCAGCCUACUAGCCGUCAUAGUAUCACUUCAAAUAAAGUUGCUCGACAAGUUGUUAAUCUUCCACCUACAAAACAUCAACGAGGACAAACAAAAGUUAAAAAACCAACAAUGACACCAUUGCUCAAAAAAGCUCUCAAAGUCUAUAAUGGAAAAAAUUAG